GCUUUACGUGUUCGUGAGCACUGUAGUUUACUACUUCGGGAGGUGAUAGGUACAAGGCUUCUCAGUGAACAAGGACAAGUGACGGCUGUACGUGAAUUAGUUACUAGCUUUGUCAAACAAUGGCCUGCAUUAAUGCCAAAUCAAGUUGAACCUUCAAAAUUGUCGCUUGUAUGUGCUGUUAACGAAAUUUCCGGAUUAUUGCUGGAUCUAGGAGGAGCUGCAAGUACUGUUUUGGAUGUGCUCGUGGAUCCAUUAAUUACACUCUUGAGUCAUUCAAGUUAUACAGUGCAGAUUGCUACUGCAUGGUGCUUAAGGUGUUUAUGCCUUUCUUUACCUGUAAAGCUAACCGAACUUAUCACAAGAGUUCUUGGACUAGUUGACAAAGAUCUGAAUCACUUAUCAAAUCAGUCUGCACCGCCGGAUUUGCCAAAGCGGACAUUGGGUCAUACUUACGGAUUGGCAGCUCUUUUAAGCGUAGUCCCUGCUCGUCCACUUGAUGUCUCUUUUGAAUUAAGUGCUCGUGUGUUCUCACUUGCUACCCAAUUGAUCAAAACAAGCGCUAACAAGGAUAUGGUAGUGGCUAGUAUUCAGAUACAAGUAUCAUGGAUUUUAGUUGGUUCGCUAAUGUGUCUUGGGCCCAACUUUGUCAAAUUGCAUCUUCCGCAAUUGCUGCUUUUGUGGCAAACAGCAUUACCAAAGCCCAAUUCGAAGGAUCUUGUCACAAACCGCACUGAAACUGAAUGGUCAUUCAUGUUUCAUGUUCGUGAAUGUGCUUUAGGUGCUAUGCUCAGUUGUAUAUUACACAACUCCAAAAUAAUUUCUCCGGAUGUAGCCAAAAGGCUUUCUGCUUUGUUGAGUAAUACUCUGGUCUUUGUUUCAUCGGCUCCUUCAACCUUUUCAAGUACAAAUACACCUAAUGGCUCUACAACUUCAGUAACUUCACACCUCCCUUCAGUUUCGCUAAAACUCUCAGAUCACGAGAUGUUAUUAAAACGUCGAUUGUUGCAAUGUUUUGUCGCAAUUCGGCCAGUGUCUUCUUACGAGAAUCUAAGUACGCAGCUCCUAAAAUUGAGCCUAUCAUAUUUUGCAGAUCCCGAAAAAUAUUUGGGAUCUUCUAUAAUCGCAGCUAUUGCUGCCGUAUCUGGAUCCUUUACGAGUGUUUGGACUGUUGGAGAUGAAUGUGCCUUUGGAGUUACUAGUAGAUUACAGGGAAUGAAUAUUGACAUUGCUAACGCGGCACGUGGGGAUCAAAGUAAAAGCGCUAGUAGAGUAACAACCAAAGAUUGGUUGAAUCGAGAUUUGGUUGAAAGUCGCCUAGAAAAUCAGCUUGAACAAGCUAUAAUUGGGGCUCCUGAGUACGACUCGCUGAUGAUAUACACAACCUAUUGGGAAUCAUCUUUAUCAUGUGUUCCCAAACCUGUUCCGGUGGUUUCUGCACUCGUGGACUAUAGCAUUGAGCUUUUUGC